AAAGAACUCUGCAAACGCACCAGCUGGGGCUAGGUGGGUGAUUAGUAGGGAAUGCAAAGCAAUCCAGUCUGCCAUUCAGCUGAACACUGGGCUUCACAAAGGAAUGCAAGGAGCCCAGAAUGGGAAAGAACCAGAGGAAGAGGAAGAGUUGGAAGAACUGGAAGGUGUCAAUGAGGCACUAAUAAGGAAACACCAGCUUCCACUCUCUGCACAGUCAGCCUUCAGCUACAUCCCACCCCGACGCAAGGAACCUCCAGAACUUAGUUAUUUUUACCAGGAGAGCAAGGCAGGAAUUGUUGCCCUGUAUGACUGCGUUUUCAAAAGACCAACCGGCUAUGAUGCAAAGCUCCAUCGGUGUGACAGAGAACACGCAAAAAGCAGAGGACUUCAUAUUAAUGACGAGGAAAAGAAAAGGCCUAUAGCUGUCUUGUCUUCUUCUGAAUAUGGGCGGCAUAUAAACAAACCUGUGGAAGAGCUAAUCCGAGACUACGUGCGCAUUAAUCAUGUAAAGGCAGAGUUCUACAGAAAAAAUGGAAUAGCUUGCUUGAUAGAAAAAUGAAUCCAACUUAAGAGUCUACUGUGAUAGAUACCUAACAGCAAGAUGGUAUCAAA